UUCCCUUUUCUCUCCUCACUUGGGCUGGGACACAACGUUAGCAAGGCGCAGGACCUUCGCCUGGGUGCUCCCCCAGCUGACUACUAUUUUCUAUUUCUAUACGUUAUGUUUGUUGUAGCUGGAAAGAACCUUAAUAGCAGCUUAAUAGUUACGGUCUGGAACACUUUGUGACUUUCUGUUUAGUGCAGAAGCGCGGAAGCGGAUUGGCUCAUUGACACCUUAAAAGGCUUUUGAUAAGUUUGAUGAAAGCAGCUCGCGGUUUUGUUUUGCACUUUAUAAACUCAGGCUGUGCUAAUCAUAACCAGAUUGGCUCGCCUUGCUUUAUCAGUAAUGUUUGGUAUGCUUACUACCUGACAGCGGAGGCGCAAAAAGUGGCGCAAUCGGACUGGUCUUUCUGGUUUGCGCGUCUUAUUUAUCAGCGUUUGCCUUUACAGUGUUGUGAGUCAGCACUUCAACUUUUUACUAAAAACUCCCUAAGACACACCAGAGGUUGGAGUGAGCAAACGCCAUGUAGACAGACAGUCGUGGUGAAACUAUGGCGGAGUCCGGACUGGAUCUGAACUUGAACGCACCUACGUGCCCCCAAGUUACUGCGCAGCACGAUCAAACCUGCCCUUGAAUGCAACAUUCGUUGUAUAGUUCGAGGUGUCUAACUAGUACUAGCAGUAGCAGAUCGAUAUUUUUCCACUUCUCUUCCUUGUUUAUUGUCACAACGAUCUGUUCAGAUAUAAUGUAUGUUAGAGGUGGAUGCUACAAAUGUAUUCCCAGAGUUUGUUAACAAUAUAGAAAUGUUAUAUACACUAUAUUAUAUACACUAUAUACAACAUGAUAUACAACAUACAAAAACACAGAUAUUUGUCGAAGUAAACAUAGAUAAAUAGCUCAUAUAGCUCAUCACCCUAGUAUUGAUCUGAUACAGACACUGCCCUACUAUUGAUUUUAUCAAUAUACAGUAUAGAUCUUCUAUUGUAGAUACUUCUAUAUUGUUACAAACUUGGGCAUAAGUUCUUGGACACAGGAGGUUUUGGGAGGUAAAAAGCAAAAGGAGUUUUUGCUUUUGUUUACUUAUUUUGCACUAUAUUGUUACAUUGUCUUCACUUUUAAUAACUAAUCAAAUAAAUUCAUGCCAUCCAUCCAUUUCCUACACCGCUUGUCCUCGUUGGAGUCAAAGGUGAGCUGGAGCCUAUCCCAGCUGACGUUGGCCGCAUAUAUUAGCAUUCACACCUUUGGACAAUCUGGAGCAGGGGUGUCCUAAGUGUGGCCUGGGGGCCGUUUAUGACCCGCGGCUAUUCUUUUAUAGGCUCUUGGGACAUUCUAAAAAUGCAAAAAAAAAAAAAAAAAAAGGUCAGUAAUCUUACAAAGAAAGGCAAAAUAUUAAGAGAGUAAAGUCAUAAUAUUAAGCGAAAAAAUUGCACACAUUUGAAAUAUUAAAAGAAAUAAAGUUGUUAUAUGAGACACAAACAAAACAAAAAAUAAAGUUGCAUUUGUGUAAAAUUAGGUUGUAAAAACUUUAUAAUAUUAUGACAGUAAAGUGAAAAUAUUAUGAUAAUAAAGUUAUAACAUUACAAGAAAAAAUGUACAAGGAGAAAGUGGAAAUAUUUGUAAAAAUGUAAGGAGAAAAAAUUCAUAUUAACAAUACACACAAAACUGAGAUGCAGCCUGUUUUUUUUUUCUUUAAAUAUAAAACCCGUCUCUGCAUAUCCACAUAGGUAUUUUUCAGUAUGUGGCUCUCAGAGGAAAAAGCUUCUCUUAACCUAACAUGCAUGUUUUUCGUUCUUCGAUCUCCUCACCGUGAGGUCCUGUGAGAAACACUGCAGUGGUUCUCAAUUAUUUCCUCUCAUACCGCCUUUGUGGCGACAUUUGCAACCGAGGUGCUUAUAUUAUAUGCAAGUACAGUAUACAUUAGGUUCAGUUUGUCCUCGGGUUAUUGCCGUAGUCAGGAAGUGGUUACUGCCAUUGGGAUGUGCAAUGUGGCAGCCCUGUCUCUGGUUGAGCCUUAUUAUGCAUCAUCUGUUCAGGUGGCAUGUACAUGUCUAAAUAGUUCAUAUUUGGAGGUGUUAUAUAAUAGAAAUGAACACUGUCCUCUCUCUGUCACUUUUCGCAGCAUGGCCAUGACUGCAAAUGGGUGCGUUCAAUUUACGCGCCACGCAGGGGACAUCCUGCUCAACUUCAACCGCCUGCGCAGUAGGAAUAUCCUGACGGACGUUGCUAUCCAAGUGAACGGACAGCAUUUUUACGCUCACAAGGCCGUCUUGGUGGCGUGCAGUGGCUUCUUUUAUUCUGUCUUCAUGAACCCUGAGAAUGCAAACCUCAGCGGCAUCAGUUUGGACCCCAAAAUUGACCCUAAGAGUUUCUCCAACCUCUUGGACUUCAUGUACACGUCGUGCCUGAACCUGACAGACAGCAUGCUGGUGGGCACCAUGAACACCGCCCUCUACCUUCAGAUGGAGCAUGUGGCUGACACCUGUCACAGGUUCAUCAAGUCCAGGCCGUCUUACAACGUGCACGUGGAAGAGGUGCAGACAAGCACGCUACCUUUGGCUGAUCAGCUCCCAAAUUUCAGACCCAUUGACGUGAAAGAGCUGGAUGUCAAAAACAGAUACACAGCUACCUCGCCCCCUCUUCAGGAGUGCAAGGGUUACAAUGUCUUUAGGGGCAUCAACACCUCUGGUUCCUAUUAUGUAUAUGGUGAUCGGAAUAUCACCGCAGAGAAGCCUGAAGCUUCGCAAAAGAUCAGCACCCCUCCCAGAGAAUCACCUUUGUCCCACAUACAACAUAUGCAAGUCCCCAGCACCGGCGUGCCUCACAAAGAGUCCACCUCCAUCAUCACGUACCCCACUUUCCACCCCACUUUAAUUCGACCAGCACCUGCCACCCACGCGGAGCAAGGCGGUGUUCGGCACCCUCCUCCUAACUGCCGCGGGUUGUCUCCAGGUUUUGGGAAAGGUGUGAUUUGCAGCCCUCAAAGCCCCCUCAGAUCUGAUUGCCAGCCCAACUCACCCACCGAGUCCAGCAGCAGCAGGAAUGCGACCCUGAGCCUCAAACAGCCCCCGGACUGCCCUAAAGAAGCCAAGGUCCGAAAUUGGAAGAAGUACAAAUUCAUUGUUAUGAACCAAACCCCUCUGAAUGAGGAAGCCGACGUUCGGAGAGGCAGUCCCGAAGGCGGAUCCCCUUCACUUAGUCCCUGCAGGGGUGCCGGGGAGCAGAGGGAACCCCAAACGGAAGAAGCAGCCAGCGAGCACAGAGAGGAAAUCCCCAUGACCGUUGUCAGCCACCGCAAAUGCUCCUCCUGUGGCGGUGACAGCCCCCAGGACAUGGAGGCCGCUCACCCCUUUCCUGACUCUUACUGCAGAGACUCAAAGUUGUCCCCUUCCAGCUGUGAAAGCUCUUUCUUCUGCAACGGCAGCGACGCCAAGUUCAUGGAGGAAGACUCCCCCAAAGAGCACACAGCCCAGCUCCACAGAAAGAAGCUGUACAAGUGUGACUGCUGCCAAGCCGCCUUCCGCUACAAGGGCAACCUGGCCAGCCACAAGACCGUUCACACAGGUGCAAAGCCGUACUGCUGCAACAUCUGUGGUGCUCAGUUCAACCGGCCAGCUAAUCUGAAGACACACGCUCGCAUUCACUCUGGGGAGAAGCCUUAUAAGUGUGACACGUGCGGGUCCAGAUUUGUCCAGGUGGCCCACCUUCGCGCCCAUGUGUUAAUUCACACAGGAGAAAAGCCAUACCCUUGUGAAAUCUGCGGAACGCACUUCCGCCACUUACAGACGCUCAAGAGUCACAUGCGCAUUCAUACCGGAGAGAAGCCUUAUCAUUGCGAAACGUGUGACCUCCACUUCAGACACAAGAGUCAGCUGAGGCUACAUCUGCGACAGAAGCACGGCGCCAUCACGAACACAAAGGCGCAGUAUCGCCCAACGCCCAGCAGCCUGACCUCCUGCUGAGGCCGCUGUAGUACCUUUUCAUUGUUUUUUUGCACCAUAUGAUAAAUAAUAUUAGGUUUUUUUAAAUCCAAAGAACCAUAUUUUGUAUAUAUUUUACUAUUGGAAUAUUUUAGAGUGACACGUUUAUGCUUGACCACAACUGAAUGUACAAUUUGAAUGUGAAUUUGAGCAGAUACGUAUGUUCCCUGUUGGCAGUCACUUGUAAAACAGCUUGCAAGGACACUUUUGCUUUCAAAUACUGUUAUAGUAUUGCUGCAGUAUUGGUACAAGUCAUUGGUACGUCAUGGAGUCUAUUUGUAAAUAAUGUUUUCACAUUGCCAUCUGCUGGCAGAGCUUGGGUUUGUUAACAUUGGUUUUCUUGCCCUGGUGAGCUUCAUACUGAAGGAUGGUAGCAAAAAGGUUGUAACUUUUGUUACGUAUCAUGUGUACAUAGACAUCUGGCUUUUACAGUAUAAUCUUUUCUAAUACGUUAUAAGCCGUCAUUGGCAUUUUGCACACACGUAUUGCUGUUAUUCAAAAUGUCUUGAUACUUAUGAAAUAUAUUUUCAAGUGUUUCUAACGUGUUGAACUGUUGUAAAAGGACGUGCCCACUUCUUGAUGCAUAGUUGAUCAUUCAUUAUUUAUAUUCAAAUCUAUGCUUGCCCGAUUGUCACAAUGUUGGUGCUGCCAUGUUGUUCUGAGCUAAUUGUUAACUUUUGGCUGUAUUUGAUCCAGUGUAUUAUAGUGCCUUAUAUCCAAACAUUUUAUUGGUUACGGUCCCACACUUAUGUUCAUGCGAUGUACAUGUACUUUGUGCUCUUCUGUGUAUUCUAUUCUAUAAGUUUUCCACUGUAUGUAGCUCUUAAGAUGCAGAAAAGCGAAAACAUGCUCAGGAAUAUUGCUUAUGUCUUUGUAACUGCAGAAUACAUAAUAUAUAUA